AUGGAGGAAGCCACCGUGUCGUCGUCAUCAUGCGAGAAGGAGAAAGAUAACGGAACAAUCCCCAAUUCGACGACGCGGCAAUCCUUAAAAUCCGAUUCUCAAUUCAACAAUUACCAACUCCGGAAACAAAAGUUGAGAGAUAAUUGCUUCAAACGAGUGCGAGAAGACAGAACCCGUUUACUCUGGAAAUGUAGGUUCUCCUCUCCAUCACAAAACCUUCAUCAGGAACAGUUGGACAUUGAAUUUCAGGACAUUGUAUCCGAUGAAUUCCAUAAAAUUAUUAGACAUGAUAAUGACGGUGAGGAUCAUGAUGAUGAUCUGUUGUGGGACGAUCAAAGUCCUCAUACCACAUACCAAGGUGAUGAUUGCCAAGAGAUACUGCUUGAAAUGCAAAGGAUAUUUUAUGAAGACCUCGAAUCUCAACCAUCAAUACAGCAAGAAACCGCAGUUGAUACUUGGGAAGAUGAAGUCGAUGACUACUUGGCUCGUGCAGUUUAUGAGCAUAUGCAUCUAAAUGCAGAUGAUACAUGUAGAAAAGAGAUUUGGUGCCCUGUUUGUAAGCAUGGAGAGCUUAAAGACACUCACAAUAUCAUAUACUGCACUCGUUGUAAACUUCAACUAACCAAAGCCGACGAGCUUACUUUGGACUUUUUGCGAGACCGGCUUGCCGAAGUCCAUAUGGAGCAUCUUGACAGAGGUUGCAAAUUAAAGCCCAGAUUUUGUAUAAAGACACAAUUUAAUUUAACUGCGUUAUACAUUAUGUGUGAAGGUUGCGAAACAUUUGAGAUUGUAAUUUAA